AUGGAGCAGUCCUCGGCUCAGAAUCGAAUGCCGGGUCUGCCCCAUAGCAGAACGCCCCAGGGGCCUUCGCCUCAAUUCUGGAACAGUAUGGACUCCAUGUAUCCUGAUUCACAGAUUCAACAAUCCCAAUCCCAGCAGCCCCAAGAUCCGUCCUCCCAGCAGCCAUUGGGCAUUAGCUGGGAUCAUCCAGUGCUUCAACAACAGCAGCCGAUGCUCCAACAACAACAGACCCAGAUGACUUCGCCGAACGACCCAAACCUAGAGAUUUACUCAAUUCCCCAAUCAUGGCAGCCAAACCCAUUGCACCAACCUGGUCGUGGUGGUUAUGUGCCAUCUCCUCAAUACCAGACUGCACAACCACUGCAGCAAUAUCAACCAAAUCAAAUGCAGUACGAUUCGCGCUCCUUGCAAGCGUCCGAGAGCUCAGCCUUCCCCUCCUACUCCUUCCCACCGAACUUCUACCCGCAACAACUCUCCAUGCAGGACUCGUUCCAGACCCGUCCCACACAGCAACAUCCACAAUCGGCGGAGUUCCAGGUGCCUAAUCCACAACCUGCCUUGUCUCAGUUCGCCGCACCACCUGGGUACCCUCCUUCUGAGCUGCACAAUACCAUCGACCUCACCGAAGACUUCCCUUCCGAACCCGGACAUCACCACACCAUCGACCCGCAAUUUCUUAACCCGACAACGCAGUCUACAGAGCGUCAAGCCAUGCACAACAACUUCAUGUAUGGAAAUCCUGCUGAGUUUGAUCGGGCUGGUGGGCAGAUGUUCAACUACUUUGAAAAUGGCAUCUCCGCUCAACCUCAAUUCCGUGUUGGGCCCGGCCACGCUGGCUCUCAGAAUGGUAUGUCUGUUUCAAGUCACACGGGUCUUCCUGUCCCCGAAGUCGUAAUAGCGGCAAAGAAACCUCCCAAGAAACAACCAGCAAAGAAAAUCGCGAAGAAGGAGAACAAGGCCAAGGGGGCUAGUAGUGAGAGCUCUGACUCCGAGCUGGAAAUUGAGGCUCCACCGGAGCCAUCGCCCAUCCCCGCUGUCCGGCCCAUUGAGCCUAUUGCAGCAGCUGUGUACGAUACACUGCAGGCCGUCUGGUCGCCCCGAAACAAGAGAGUUUCAGCCGAUAAAGUAAAGAACGGGUUGAUGGCAUUCAAAGAAAUUAUUAAGACUCUUCGGGAUUCUUGGAAAGACCAGGUCCAGGCGAUGAAGAACGCAGAGAACCAAGGCGAUAAUGAUAAAGCUGCCGCGCUAAGGAAAGGUGUGAUACUGCAGCGCCAGACAAUGGAUAAGAUAAUGACCACUGCCAUGGAGAUGGGCCAUCCUGUGAUCGUCGAGAAAUGUGGAGAACAUCCGGUGGCACUUGCAGCCAUUUACUCCUUUUUGGCAGACCGUUUCCAGGCCGCUGAUUUCGAAGGCUCAUUAACCAUUAACAUGAUCAAGCUUUUGGCGCAAUUCAUUACUGUAGAUGAAGAGAUUUUGCAGAAAACCAACCUUGCUAAGCUGCUACCUCGCUUUAUUAAGAAAGGUGGACCGUCCAUCAAGGAGUCAGCGCAGAAAAUCCUAGAUAAUGCUGCGGCCGCCACGAAGUGGAAGCAAAAGAUUGCCGAAACAGCAGCGGAAGACUCCUCAGGGAAGGGCUCAUCGGCAGAUUCCCCCUCCGAAAUUGCUGGCUCAAAACGUGCCCGAGACGGAGAAAGUAAUGUCCAGCCUGCCACGAAGCGGAUGGUUGUUACGUCGAACCCCAAGGAUGCGAACAAACCCGCCGUGCCAGCUAAUGGCGUGGGAAAGCGACCUGUCGAAGGCGCUCAGAAUGGCAAGCCUGCAACCGCAGCAGCACCUCGCCCUAGAGCCAAUGUCGUCGCACCCAAGCCUUCGAGUCUGUUUGGCGCAUUGAGCUCCGCUUCCAAGCGACCGGGAACAACAAAUGCUGAGAGAGCCGCAGCAAUCGCUGCAGGCAAGUCCACACCUGCCACGGAGAAGAAGGAAAAGCCCGCAGCACCCCCUCCCAAACCCGCUUUCUCUUUCGGUGACAUUAUGGCCGAUCUUAGUAAACCCAAAGAGACUGUUGUCGUCAAGCCUACAGAGGAAAGGCCCCCGGAGACAGAAGAAGAACGCACAAAGCGGCUGCGCAAAGAAGAGCGACGUAAGCUGCGUGUUACCUGGAAACCAGAGGAGUCACUCACAGAAGUCCGAUUAUUCACUCACGACCCUGACGAAGAGCUGGGCCCUGGCGACGGUUCCUUGCGUGGCGCAGGCGACGUGAAAGGUGAAGGUAGUGUUCUUAAACUUCAUAAAGAUUUGGAGGAGCUGGAGGAGGACGAUCUUGGUGGUCUACGGGAGACCAGUUACGGCGAAUACCCUGCUCUCACUGAAAUCGUCAUUGAAUCCGAGGAAAUGAAGAAUGGGAACUUCAUCAAACGUGGCGGAAAUCAGAUUCCCCACAGCCCGGAGAAAGAGGCCCAGGAUCACCGAGAGUCCACCACCCUCAUGGUGUUCCACACUUCUCCAGCUGAUGUCCCCUCGACGCCGAAGGAACCCCCCGCUCCUGAUGUCGACGAGGUCGCCCCCGAUGUUAUUCCCUUCGGAGAAUUGCCCGAUAACAUCAAGGCUCGCCAAGAACGGUACUUCGAAUACAUGAAUCCCAAGCCCGCGCCACCUCCUCCGGCUCAAAUCCAACCUCAACCGAAUCAAGCACCAGGCGGGUUUGACAUCUCUAACAUCUUAAAACUGAUACAGGCUGGAACGCCACAGCAAUCGACACCUCCACCGCAAACCGUGCAGCAACCUGCACACCCAAUGUCCGAUCUGGAGCGUACCAUCAGCAUGUUUCGCCAGACACAGCCCGUCGUCCCUCAAGCCCCGGUACCCCCAGCACCGGUGGCGGGCGUUGAUUUCCAAAAUAUUCUCAAUGUGAUGAAACAGCUGCAGCCUGGCGCAUACACCCAACCACAGCAGACCCAGCCUGCAAUGGCCCCCAACUUUGGCGCCAUGUUCGGUCCAUUCACCGGCCCAAACCAGCAGUCUGGUCCCCCGCAGCACAUGCAGCCAGCAGCCAGCUACGAGGACACCGAACGUAUGAAACGCACGCGUGAGCGUGAGGACGUACCUGUCGAUGGCCAGUAUGACCCUUCAUGGAGUCGUCAGAAGCGGACAAAGGCCAACGAUGCUAAACCUUACAAAUAUGGAUUGGUUGCAUGCAAGUUCUGGGCUGAAGGAAAGUGCAGGAAAGGAGACAACUGCACAUUCCGUCAUGACACUUAA